AUGAUUGUCCUGGUGCCGGAAGGUAGAUUGUUGAACGUGACCGAAAUGUACAUUCGGCCGUUUACCUGGGAGGUUUGGCUCGUUCUAUUGCUCGUCGUACUGUCGGCUGAGAUAUUGAAGAUAUUCAUACCAUGGUUGAAAAAUGACCCCAUAUUGCUGGCCCUGUGUGGCUUCGAACGCUACAGUCUACAUCGCGUUGGACGUCACGAGAAGUGGAUACUGUUCACAUUGAUAGUACUCUGCUUCUUCAUUACCAAUGCAUACGAAUCGAAGUUCAUUGCUCUGAUGAUAGAGAAACCGUCGGCCGAGACUGCUGAAUCGUUUCAAGACUUGGUAGAUCAAGGUAUUGCGAUAGAAAUUGACGUGCGGUCCAACGCGGAUAUGCCAAAACACAGGAUUCUAGGGCCCCUGAUUGUGCACAAUUCUCUUUCCUACUCGAAACUAAACAGAACUCGAGCAUAUCUUCUGGAACGGCAGCUAGCGGAGGCCUUAAUGGCCUUGUCCGUCAACUACAACUUUGACCGACAGCGACCCAAUUAUGCCAUCUUGCGUGAGACACUAGGAACGCGUUUAGCUAUCUAUUGGAUGCCGUAUCGGAGCCCGUUCGUGGAGUUGUUUCGAAGUUCUCAGACGAGACUGUUCGAAGCCGGAAUUCUGAACAAGUGGAAAAAUGUUCUCGGUAGCGCAUGGAUUGCGGAUAUUGGUGAUUGCGACCAAAAUGUGCAGUGUGGAACAGGGACAACUCUCAAGUUUGCGGACUUCGUUCCGCUGUGGGUGAUGUAUGGCAUAGGAUUGACGGUGAGUGGAGUUGUCCUUUUUGUGGAAGCAGUCAUACAAUGGAAUCGCUAG